AUGGAGUCACCAGCGCCCGCACCAGCACUAUCAUUCCCCCCACAGACCUUCCAGAAGCUCUCACCCUCCUCAUACCUUCUGCGCCAUCUCCAAGCGACCCCACCAACCCGACCCUCUGGCAGAUCCCCGAGUGCAUUCCGCGAACCAACAGUGCACACAAACUCAUUAUCCCAUGCGCACGGGUCGGCGGUAGUAAGGACGGGAGAUACAGCGGUAGUAUGUGGUGUGCGCGCUGAAAUUCUGAGUCUCAAGUAUGGAGAUGGAAAGUCUCAAGGAAGGGUCACGGUCUUGAGGAGUAACGAGGACGAGGAGUUGAUGAACGACGAAGAGGACGGUGGUGAGGGCGAGCUUAGAUCAAGGAACCUGAUUGUAACAAAUCUGGAAUUGGGCACUGGCUGCUCCCGCGACUACCACCCCGGACCCCCCUCAGACUUUGCGCAGACGACCACCUCACGCCUCCACCGCCUCAUCUUGUCAUCUACUUCCUCGUUAAUCUCGCCAUCCUCCCUCCGCAUUAUACACGAUGACGAGAUCAAAGCCUAUUGGGUCCUAUACAUUGACGUUCUCUGCAUCUCCCUCGACGGCAAUGUCUUAGACACUGCCUGGGCCUCAAUUAUUGCCGCCCUACGCUCCACACGACUACCUCGCGCAUUCUGGGAUGCCGACUCAGAGAGUGUCUUGUGUGAUCCUGAAAUGAAGCUAGGGCUACAGUUGGGACCGUUGUGCUUUACGGCAAGUUUUGGCGUUGUGAGCACGGGCGCAGAAGAAGAUGGCGAAGAGCAAGAUGGGAGCAAAGUCGUGAUCCUAUCGGAUCCUGACGAGUUUGAGGAGGGCGUGUGUGAAGAGGCCGUGAUGAUCUGUAUCAGGGAGGGAGGUACCAUUGCAAGAAUUGAGAAAGGGGGCGGGCUGCUAUGUGGAAUGGAAGGGUUGGGAGAAUGCGUCCGGAGGGCUAGGAGUAGAUAUGAGACUUGGGAGAAAGCAGUUAGAGACGCAGUAUAA